UUGUCAGUUCGCGAAAAAAUUGAUUGUUGUAUAUUUAUUAGUUACAAGAUCCAUGUUUAGUGUUGCAUUUGAUACAAUUGCUUUUAUAGAUGUCAUGAUAUGCCUCGUCUAUAGCUAGGCACAAUGUUCGCCAGCUUGAAAAGCAAAAUAAAAGAGGAGACAGGCAGUGACAUAAGCAAAUUGACAAGCAGUUGGCGCACUGGUGCCUUUUUGGGCCGCAUUACAUUGAGAGAUGACUCGUCUACCGCCAGCCCCUCCAGCUCUGGGGGACAGGGAGACACAACAUCCGAUUCUAUAUCCCCACAAUUGGAGUCCUACCUAUCAGACCGCACGGGCGGGAGAGUGGACCAAGUGGCUCUGCAGCAGCAGUACUCAUCACAACUGGAAGCAAAACUGAAAGAGAGAGAUUCAUAUUGGGAACAGAAAAUAGAGGAGUUGAGACUAUCUUUGGCAUCUGUUCAAGGGGAAGAAGCAUUGGCAGCCCAGUCGGUGGCGCGGGCGGCGCAGGCCGAAGCGGCGAAAGCAGCGGCGGAGCGCGAUGCGGCGCAGAAGCAGCUGGUGGACUAUCGCGCGCGGCUAGCGGCGGCCGAGCGCGCUCAGGAUCGUCUCGACACGCUUACUGAGGAGAUGGAGGUGUUGCGGCGGGAGUGGGCCCGCGAGCGCGGCGCGGAGGCGGCGCGGCGCGGGGAGGCGGAGGCGCGCGCGCGGGACCUGGCCGACGAGCUGGCCGUCGUGCGCGCCGCCGCGCCGCCCGCCUCCACACACCACCACAUGCACGACGACGACAAACGCGAAGUAACCCCGACCGGGUGCGAGGAGUACGACCGCGUGUGUCGCGAGCGCGCCGUGCUGGCGCGACAGCUGCAGGAAGCCAAGAUGGCGCUGGCGGAUGUCAAGACCUCCUGGAGCGGACAGAUCGCCUCGCUCGAAACGCAGGUGGCGCGAUUGUCGCGCCAAGCCGGCGAAGAGGGCGCGGAACGGAGAAGGGUUGAGACCGAGAAACAAGAAAUGUACGAGAAACUUCUCAAUAUGGCGGCCGACUUGGAGAAGGCCAAGCAGAAUCUUAUCAAUAGCGAAGCGAAGGUGGCGCGGCUGAACGGCGAGGUGCACUCGCUGGCGAUGGAGGCGAAGGGCCUGCGGAGCGCCGCCAACCACGAGGGCGAAAAAACAAUGGACCUCGAGAGUCGUAUUGAAGAACUGACUGAGCAAAACCGAGAACUGUCGGAGGCGCUCGAAAACGAACGGACGCUCGUGAAGAUCCUGCGAGAGAAGAUCGACAAGUCGAACCGACUUUAUGACGAGACGAAAGUCGAAGUCAACCAUCUUAAUUCGGUGGUGACGGAUAUGCAGCACGAUUAUGUAGAUAUGCAGAGGAAGUAUGACAAAGAAAAACGUGAAAAAGACGAGGCGCUGCUACGCAACGCGCACAUGUCUCAAACGAUCGAGAUGAGCCAGUGCGACGUGCGCUACCAGGAGGCCGAGAACAACGAACUCAAGGCCAAGGUUGCUGAGCUGGAGGCGCUCGUUGCUCAGCAUAAAGAGAAUCAAGCAGCAUGUAUGAUAAUAAAGGAAAACGAUGAAUCGCGGAAAGCAGAGAUCGAGCAGCUGAACCGGAAGAUCGACGACAUGGCGGAAAGCGAAAACUCACUCAAGAAGACUAUACAAGACUUAGAAAAUGAAAUCUGUGAUAAAAAUAAGAAAAUUAAGACUUUAGACAAUCGGAUAUCUGAUAUGAAGAAAACACUACAGCGAGAACUCCAAAGUAGUAAACCUGAUCUACUGGCAGCGGAAGAACAGGACAUUAGCAGACGGUACCUGAAGCACGUGGUGCUGCGGUUCCUGACGGCGCGCGAGCUGGAGGCGCGGCAGCUGACGCGCGCGCUGGCCACGCUGCUGCGCCUCACCGCGCACGAGGAGGCGCUGCUGCGCGCCGCGCUGCCCGCCGCGCAGCGCUCCGGCCUCGCCGCCUGGCUGCCCAGCCUCAACACCUGA